AUGGCGUUCACCUUUGCGGCCUUCUGCUACAUGCUCACCUUGGUGCUGUGCGCUGCUCUCAUUUUCUUCGUCAUAUGGCAGAUCAUCGCGUUUGAUGAGCUCCGCACCGACUUCAAGAACCCAAUUGAUCAGAGCAACCCCACCAGAGCGAGGGAGAGAAUUCUUAAUAUUGAGAGAAUCUGCAACCUGCUUCGGAGGUUGGUGGUACCAGAGUACUCCAUCCAUGGUCUCUUCUGUCUGAUGUUCAUGUGUGCUGGAGAGUGGGUCACACUUGGCCUAAAUAUCCCCCUGCUUUUCUACCAUCUUUGGAGGUUUUUUCAUCGGCCCGCAGAUGGUUCAGAGGUCAUGUACGACCCCGUCAGCGUGAUGAAUGCAGAUAUCCUCAACUACUGUCAGAAGGAGUCCUGGUGUAAACUGGGUUUUUAUCUGGUGUCGUUCUUCUAUUACCUGUAUAGUAUGGUCUAUGCCCUGGUGAGUUUCUAA